AAUUAUAUUAUUCAGUCAAUAAAAUAAGAUUAUUAUCCAAGCCUCUCAUUUCGAUCCAGUAUUCUCGACUUUUCAUCACGUAACAGGAUGACAACUUUAUCUGGGUUACUUCUUUUCCUACUGAUCCAUUCCAUUAUUUGCAGUAAAUUUGACCCCGCAACUCAUCGCGGCUGGCACUUGGUUAAUGAUAAGAAAUGUGGCAUACGAACCCAGCUGAGAGUAAUUGGUGGGCAGGAUGUGACUAUAGGAGAGUUUCCUUGGGUGGUUGAAUUCACAGUUACGAAAACUAAAGAAAAUAUCACAGGUUUCUGCACAGGGGCGAUAAUAAGUGAUCAGUUCGUUAUCACUGCAGCACACUGUCAACCUGAAGUACCUUACACAUCGAAAAUAAUUGUUGGUAAUGUGGACAGAAAUCAAGACCCAGACUGUGAUGCAGAAACUAACAUCUGUGCUCCCCCAAUGAAAGAAUAUGAAGUGGACAAGUUCUUUCAUCCAGAUUAUGUGCACUUUCCGAAUGGCAGGGAUAUAGCUCUGGUCAAAAUUCAUGACAAAUUCGAAUUCAAUGAUUUUGUUUCUCCUAUUUGCUUGGAGCAUGGCGAAUUAAUCUCCAAAGACUACACUGGCUCUGAUGCUGAGUUUGCUGGAUGGGGUCUCUUAAAAAUCGACCCAGUCACCAACGAAAGCUCAGCUCAUACCACGAUGCAGAAGAUAACAUUGCCUGUCCAAAACAAGAGCGUUUGCGCACAUUCAAUCGACUUCAUUCUGCUGUCUUCCGAUAUUGAACAUGACAAGGACUCGUUCAUAUGUGCUGGAGGGACGGCUGGUGAAUACAUCUUCCCAGGCGAUUCAGGUGGUGUUCUGGCGGUGGCCGAAACUGUUGGUGAUGAUAUACCCAGGUUCUAUGGUCUAGGAGUUGCAGCAAUGUGUUCUGAAGUACCUCUCAUAGCUGAUGUGUUCACCAAGAUCUCAUACUACAUGGAAUGGAUCAUGGAUACUAUCGCUAAUGAGAGUAAAAUCUAAUAAUAUUGAUGAUCACUUCAAAAAUAAAUAAUGAGCUUCCUGGAUAAUUAAUGUUCUAUCAAUAGAAAAUUUCUGUCCCAAUUGAGUCAGGAUACAAAGCGAAUAAUAAAGUGUUCUAAAUAAAUCAUUUCAAUCCCAAUUCCAAAUAGAUGAUAAGUAUCAAGAGAACAAUUAUCACAUGUUUUUAAUUAAUGGUUUGAUUCUCAAUAAUCAUUAUAAUUUGUUUCUGUAUAAUCGUCGAAACUUUUUUUUUCAUUUCAUUUCAUUUUAUUAUUUGCUGUGUUAAUUUUUUCCGCUAUCUAAAAUUGUGUUUAAAUUUUCUGUAAUGUAUAUUUUUCAGGAAGACUUUUCGUAAAAACUUUUCAUUUCUUUCAAUAUUUGUAGUGAAUAUUUCAUUUUCAAUUGUUUUACUUGUAUUAUGUGUUAAGAGCGCAAUUAUGGGUUAUUAUCCUUGUGUUAUCAUUAUGUAUCUCAAAUAAAGAAAUACCAAAGAAAUUUAAGAUCUUUUUAAAAAAUCUCAUAUUUGAUAUGAAGUUUCAGUGAUGUGCUCUAAAGUGUCUUCAUUGCUGACAUCUUCACUUGCGUGAAAUGAUAAUUUCAUGAAUCAAAUCAGUGAAAAAUCUUUUACUGUAAUGAAACCUUUUAUGAUCUACAAUAAACUUUACAGUUGCAAUUGAA